AUUAGGAACAACUGCACUCCGUCUCAAAAACGCUGCCGAACGCCCCAACAAAACUGAAAACUGAAAGCCAAUCAUUAACGAACAACACUUACCAUCAUAAAAAUAGUCGGUGUCCAAAAGAAUCUUAGAUCGAUGACUCCAAUUUAGACAGUAUCAAAGGAUAUUCUUACCCAUGGCGUGCAGAGGGAACCGCGCGAUAAAGAYAACAUCAAUCAUAUACUAGAUGAUCACCGAGAUCCACUGUAUUUUCGAAUCUAAAUUUCGAUUCAUCCRACRAUGAUCAAAAAUUCUGYAACUGUGUCUGAUCACAACCAUGAUGGUGACAACGACGAUGAAUACUUUAUGAGRAAAUCGCUUGAAGUUGCAAAGAGAGCUCUAGAUAUCGGAGAAGUUCCCGUGGGCUGCGUGAUUGUUCUCGAUAGACAUCACCCGGCUGUUGUCAAGAAAAAGGAUAAAAUUAUAUGUAAGAACGAGACAAACGAAUCUUGUUCUAUUGGUGAAGAGCGUCRUGGAGUCGUUAUAUCCCAUGGUGCCAAUCAGGUAAAUGCCACAAGAGAUGCAACUCGCCAUGCUGAAGUCGUCGCCAUUGAUCGUCUAUUGACAGACGGUGUAUCUAGCGAUAAAAUGCGGCUACCGCCGGAUUUGGCUCGAAAAGGCCAGUCAUCACAUGCAGGUGAUAGAGUCCCUUAUUCUGUUCAAAAAGCUCGGAAUGAUCAAUGGGAAGAUCGAUGGAUAAAUGAACCUUCAAAUUCUGGUCAUUGGACAAAUUCAUUUGGCUGGAGAAAUAAUUUUGAUUGUAACGGUGCCAGCUUGGGUCAAGACGAGGAUAAAGAACACAUAAGUAUCGAGAGAGAGAUUCGAUCAGAAGACAUUUUUCGGCACUGUGACCUCUACGUCACGUGUGAGGUAAGCAUCGAGAAUAACAUUUUAAAUCUGUGUCUAAAUGCAAUUCGAAUUCGAAUUGGAUAUCCUGUGCUACAAAAUUGCAUUCCUCACUCAAGCCUUAAUUCUCUGGGAUAGCCUUGCAUAAUGUGUGCUGCUGCUUUGGCAACUGUCGGGAUUAGAARAGUUAUUUUUGGCUGUAAAAAUGAUAGAUUUGGAGGCUGUGGGUCCAUUCUGCAUCUACAUCAAGUCGAAAAAGAGGAUACGGCAACGCUACAAAAGAUUGGUCGUGGUGGCUGCGAUAACAACCCGACUACAAUGACGAACAAAAGCGUAGGAUACGAAAUCAAAAGUGGAGUACUCGAGGAAGAGGCUAUUACUUUGUUGCGUUCGUUCUAUGAUCGGGAAAAUUUCCACGCCCCGGAUGACAAGCGAAGGCGGAAAGACCAGGCAUAGGAGAGAAUAUAAAAUGAUUCUCAUAUGACUACACACCAUAGGAKGACAGUUUACUGGGUGAUCUACGGUACUUAUUUUCAGAAUUUAGUGUAUCCAAUGACGAAGGAAUGUUGAAUAAUGCGAAAAUUGAUUA